UGUGUGUGUGUGUGUGUGUGUCAGAGGGAGAAGAGGACGUGGUGAUGGAUGACCUGAUGGUGGAAUGGUUCAACCUCAUCAGAAACAAGCAGGUGUCCAUGAGGAGAGAGUCUGAACUGGUCUACAUAGCGAAGACACAGGACUUGGAGGAACAGCAGCCCAGUGUAGAGCAGGAGCUGAGGAGACUCAUGGACAAACCUGAGCGGCUGAAGACGUUGUGGGACCGUCGUAGAGAAGAGGAGUUGAUGGUCAAGCUGGUGGAGAUCGUCAAUGACAGAAACGCCAUCAUAGACGGACUGGACGAUGACAGACUCAGGGAGGAUGAGGAAGAUGAGCAGCUCAAUAAGAUGAUGAAGACCCUAGGUCAGUCCCUACACAACACAUCUAGGAUCAGUUUAUCUUCUAUAACCCUUAUCAAACCCUAGGUCAGUCCCUACACAACACAUCUAGGAUCAGUUUAUCUUCUAUAACCCUUAUCAAACCCUAGGUCAGUCCCUACACAACACAUCUAGGAUCAGUUUAUCUUCUAUAACCCAAGGUCAGUCCCUACACAACACAUCUAGGAUCAGUUUCCCUUCUCUAACCCUUAUCAGAACCAGCAAGGGAGAAAACUGAGCUGCUCUCAGUACACAGCUUGACAUUUCACUGUGAUUCUACACAGCUUGACGUUUCUCUGGGAUUCGACACAGCUCGACGUUUCUCUGAUUCUACACAGCUCAACGGUUCUCUGUGAUUUGACACACAGCUUGCGUUUCUGUGAUUCUACACACAGCUUGUCGUUUCUGUGAUUCUACACACAGCUUGACGUUUCUCUGUGAUUCUACACAGCUUGACGUUUCUCUGUGAUUCUACACACAGCUCGACGUUUCUCUGAUUCGACACAGCUCGACUUUUCUCUGUGAUUCGACACACAGCUUGUCGUUUCUGUGAUUCUACACACAGCUUGUCGUUUCUGUGAUUCGACACACAGCUUGUCGUUUCUGUGAUUCGACACACAGCUUGUCGUUUCUGUGAUUUGACACACAGCUUGUCGUUUCUGUGAUUUGACA